UGCGCUGCGGUAGUGCUUUUGCUUCUGCUAGGGCUUUUGGAUUGGCUCGCAGAUCCGGCGCCAUGGACGACAGCGGAGUGGAGGGCGAGGCCGCGGGCGCCACCGCCGCCGCUGGUCCGGAUUAUCCGCUCCUCCACGACACGGAGCGCUUCGAGCUGGUGCGGGACAUAGGGUCGGGAAAUUUCGCUGUGGCGAGGCUCGUCCGCGAUCGCGUCACACAGGAAUUGUUCGCGGUCAAGUACAUUGAGCGCGGGGACAAGAUUGAUGAGAAAGUCCAGAGGGAGAUUAUCAACCACCGCUCAAUGCGACAUCCCAAUAUCGUGCGCUUCAAGGAGGUCAUGCUGACGCCUACUCAUCUCGCUAUUGUCAUGGAAUACGCUGCCGGCGGUGAGCUCUUCGAGAGGAUUUGCAACGCGACCAGAUUUAGUGAAGACGAGGCAAGGUUCUUCUUUCAGCAGCUAAUUUCCGGUGUGAGUUACUGCCACAACAUGGAAGUCUGCCACCGGGAUCUAAAGCUGGAGAACACGCUACUCGACGGCAGCCCGGCUCCACGUCUCAAAAUUUGUGACUUCGGCUACUCAAAGUCGUCCGUUUUUGAUUCGCAGCCAAAGUCAACAGUGGGAACCCCGGCAUACAUUGCACCGGAGGUGCUGUCCACCAAGAACUACGAUGGGAAGAUUGCAGAUGUAUGGUCCUGCGGCGUCACCCUGUAUGUCAUGCUCGUCGGUGCCUACCCCUUCGAGGACCCGGAGGAUCCCAAAAACUUUCGCAAGACGAUUGGAAGAAUACUUAACGUCCAGUACUCCAUCCCGCAAUCGGUGGACAUCUCUCCAGAGGCGCAUGAUCUCUUGUCCCGCAUUUUUGUUGGGAAUCCCAACCAGAGGAUCAACAUUGCCGGUAUAAAGAACCACCCGUGGUUCCUCAAGAACUUACCAUCGGAGCUGAGCGAUGCUGGCACGAGCACCGUGGACGAUCCAAGCCAUCCUCAAAGCAUCGAGGAUAUAAUGCGGAUCAUAACCGAGGCAAGGAUUCCCGGCGUUCGGGAGUACCUGGACAACGGGGGCCUGGAUUUUGACGACAUGGAUUUGGAGAACGACUUAGACCCAGACGUGGACAGCAGUGGAGAAUUCGUGUGUGCCUUGUAGUAAGAAAAAGGCGAUGAAGUGUUAAAAGAAGAAAGAAUCAUAUCGGCCCUGUUUAUUUCUACAACGCGGGAUGUAAAAGAAACUAGUCAUACCUAUGUUAAGUAUAUCAGAAAUCCAUUAUAUCCAUAUCGUUAA